AUGGACCUCGAUUACGACGACGACGCCCUUGGCGGUAGCGGCAACGCGCGCAUCACAAGCCCGGGGGAGACCAUCACCUCCUCGCAGGACUUCAUGAGGGGCCACGGUACGUACGUGGAGAACGAAGAGGUCAUCGCCUCCGUCGCGGGCACGAUCGAGCGCGUCAACAAGCUCGUCACCGUCCGCCCGAUCUCCACGCGAUACAACCCAGAGGUGGGGGAUCUCGUCGUGGGGAGAAUAACAGAAGUUCAGCCAAAGCGCUGGAAAGUCGACGCCAACUCGCGGCAAGACGCGGUGCUGAUGCUGUCCUCCGUCAACCUCCCCGGAGGUGUCCAGCGCCGGAAACUGGAGAGCGACGAGCUGCAGAUGCGCAACUUCUUUGAGGAGGGCGAUCUCCUCGUUGCCGAGGUGCAGGCGUUCUUCGCGGACGGCGCGAUGUCGCUCCAUACGCGCUCGCUCAAGUACGGCAAGCUCCGAAACGGCCAACUCGUAAGCAUCCCCCCGCUCCUCGUGCGCCGGCUCAAGUCGCACUUUCUCGCGCUGCACGCGGGCGGCGGCGUCGACGUUGAUGUUAUUCUCGGUCUGAACGGGUACGUGUGGGUGAGCAGGCACGUCGAGAAGAGCGCGCAGGAGGGCGAGACGGGGUUUGAUGCCGAGGCGGUGUAUUCGAAUCGGAAUGAUGACAUCGACAGCCCGACACGCACCGCCAUCGCGCGCGUGUCCAACAUCAUUCGUGUGCUCGCGGACCACGUCGUGCCCCUGUCGGACGCCGUCCUCGCCGACGCGUACGACUGGGUCGCGCAACAGGACAUCGCAGCGAGCGCGCUGCUCCGCGCGGAGGUUGGCGAAGCACUCGUGGGGGCGCUCGGGGGCGGGGUGUUUGCCGGGUCAUCGCGGAAAUAA